UCAACAAACCAGGCAGCAGCGACAUGUAACAACAGAGAACACUUUACUUAACUUCCCUCUGUUGUGUCUUUCGUUUAACGUUGGCUUCAUGUGUUUACCUAAAUGUAAUCGUGUGGUUUACAAAGGUCAACUGUUGGACGCACUUUUAUCUGUCAUUUAGCGUCAACGAUAGUUUAGUGAAAAGGCACAGUUUCAUAAUGCGGAACGAUUCUCUGCUCUCAAGCAUCAAUGUGGUGCUUGUGAUGGCCUACGGAAGUCUGGUGUUUGUUUUGCUGUUUAUCUUUGUCAAAAGACAAAUUAUGAGGUUUGCCAUGAAGUCUCGAAGAGGACCACACGUUCCCCUUGGCCACAAUGCACCUAAAGAGCUGAGACAAGAAAUUGAAGCCAAACUGUGCCAGGUCCAGAAAAUCCACUUUGAGCCUCGUCUGCUAUCCCCAGAUGAUGACCGGCUAAAGCAGGGAGAACACACUGAUUCCUAUGACUACCUGUACAGGAUGAGAGCACUGGAUGCCAUCAGAGACACUGAUCUCCCUUUCUGUGAACUGGGUGGGACAUCCACCGCUGUGACGGGGAAGAGAUUUCGGACCUGGCUUCUGCAGCUACGAAAUUCCCACUGCAUGUUCCGAGACAGCCAAAGCUCCCUCAUUGACAUAGUGCUGGAUGGGUACAAUAAAGCCCGCCACGGGGCAGAGACUUUUGGUGAAGCAGAGUUUAUAAAAUACCAGGAAGCUCUAACUGAACUGGCCUCUGUCGUGAAGUCUCACAACAGCAGCAGCAGCACUCCAAGCCAGCACCACCAGUCUGCAGCCAAAGACCUGACCAGUACCACAGAUCCUGCGAGCUCCUCCUCCUCCCCCACCCAAACCACCUACCUCAUAUCUACAGUGCAGCAGCGUAGCAAGAGGCCCAGACACUUCCUGGAGCUGAAGAACUUUAAAGACAACUACAACACUCUGGACAGUACGCUCUGAAAAUCUAUGACGCCCAUCCAAAGAAAGGUCAAGAACAAGGUUGUGCUGCCAGUGAUUAAAGUGCCUGUGGGCGGCGACGGGGUUACUGUCAAGUGACAAAAACACUGCCUUCAUACACUAACACACAUUGCCUGGUUUACAGUAUAGUGCAUAUCAGACUACAGUGCUCUUUACUUAAGUGUAGCUUAAGCAUAUAUCUUGUAUUACUGCAUGUAUCAGUGCUAUAUUUGGGUUGAAAUAUUCACAAAAGUGACUAUAGUAAAUACGGUUGAUUUGACCAAAACAAAACCAGUGCUAUGUGGCUAUGCAAUGGCAUAAGACAAUCAGAAUUUAUUGCACAAUGUAAAGGCCUAUGCAGACUUGUUGAACAUGCUGAUAGUUACUAUUGUUACUACUAGUGUUAAUGGUUGCCUCACACUGAGAAUAACACACUGUUUAUGUCACUCCUGUUUACAUUUAUGUAUGUCUCUACUGUUCAAAUGCUACUGUGAAUUUGACUGCCUUUUUUUUAAGCCUUAAAUGUUUUACAGAAGCCAUACAUUUGAUUGAUUUUGCUCUUUAAGUUCUCUUUUAACUUAAUUAUUUCUCUCAGUGCAAUGUAAUUUAACAGUGUUCCAGUGCAUUAAUGUAUUCUGAAUGAAAAGUACUGCAUCUGGCGUAGGCUGUUAAUUGUUUCCUGCUUGUUGCUGCCAGCAAGCUAUGUUUGUUUCAUUUGGUAAUCAGGGUUCCCAGUGAGGCAUUCUAAUGCCAGAAUAUUUUUUUUCUGUGGUGCUUACUAUACAAUUUGCCAUCCAAAUAAAACAGUGACAUACA